AUGGCGCCAACGCAAGCAACUCACCUCCCCACGACGCUCCGCUCCCGCACCCACCCGAUCCUUCUCCGCACCCUGGAGCCGUCGGAUUUCGCCGCCGUCUCAGCUGUGCUAUCGAACCCGGAGAACACGAAAUACGACCCCCACGCUUCGGCCGUCUCACCCGAGGUGGCCAAGGUUGUGAUUGAGCGCAUGCGGGAGAGCGCUUCGGUGCCGAGCGUGCUCGACGAGGCGAGCGGCCGGGUAGCCAGUGGCCCGGGCAGGGUGAAUCUGCUCGUCGUCCUUGUCGACAACGACGACGACGACGAGAAGGAGGAAGAGGAGGGGACUGUCAUUGGGUUUGGCGGGUUUGGGUGUAUCCAAGAGCACGAGGUGGACGGGAAGAAGGUGAGGGUUGGUGAUGUUGGCGUAAUGAUUAACCCUACGUUCCGCGGACGGGGGUUCGCGACCGAGGCGAUCCGGUUGGCUGUCGAGUGGGCUUUCACGAGUGUUGCGGAGGGCGGGCCGCAGUUUGAUCGGGUGACGGCUACGAUGCUCGAGAGGAAUAAGCCGAUGGUUGGGUUGAUUGAGGGGAAGCUUGGAUGGAAGGGGGUUGUGACGCCGGGCAAGGAAGGGGUGGAGGGGGAUGGGGAGGUGUUAUUUGAGGUUACCAAGGAGACUUGGAGGAAGUGA